UAGUAUAAAAAGGUAAGCAACACAGCUGUCUGCAUUUCCAGUAAAUCUUUCGAAAAGCAUCUUUUGGUAAACUGGUACCUGCUCCUGAGACUAUGAAUAUGAAGCUGGUUGUUUUGUGCCUUCUUGCAGUUUGCUGCAGUUCUCUGGCCAAUGCAUCGACGAUUAGGGGAGAUAAAACAUUACAGAGGAAAAAAUUGAGGGAAGUUAAGAACCUGUUGGCUGAAGUGAGAGGGACCUUGCGGCACAGUGAGCUGACGCUCCAUACUCCACCACAGAAUAUUGAGGACUGCUGCAGCAUGUCAGCCUUGCAAUGCUAUCGGGCUAACCUGCAGGUGUUCAACAGCCAAGACAGAAAAAUGAGCAAACUGAUCAAGAGCCUCAACAGUCACAUUACUGUGAGAGGUCUGGACUUUUGUGACUCAGGAGCUGCAGAGCCUAACUGCACAGAAUGCCACUUGCAUCCAAAGGAAAAUGCAAACGAAUUCUUCAACAGACUGGAGUCUUUUAUUCAAAAGGCCAUAACCAGACUGACCGUGGACUGA